AUGAACGCUUCGUCGCUCACGUCCGCCACGAUGGCAACUCCCCGGCUCGCUCAGCGCAGCUGCAACGCCGCAGGCGCGGUCGCGGGGGCCUGCGCGCCCGCGCGGCCGUCUCCGGCGCGGCUCUUCCGCCUCCACACCGCGUCUCGGACGACGCGCCGCGCCAACUUCGUCGUGACGCGCGCGGUCGCCGUCAGCACAAGCACCAAGAUGAAGCUGUCGUGCCGGAAGGAGACGACGCCGGGGCAGAGCCUCGUCGUCGUGGGCGACGGCGCCGCGCUCGGGGAGUGGGACGUGAGCCAGGCGCACGAGAUGACGUGGGGCGAGGGACACGUGUGGAGCACUGAGCUCGACGUUCCUGGCGGUCUGGACGCGUACUUCAAGCUCGUCAUGAUCAACGGCGACGGUUCGGCCACUUGGGAGAGCGGCGACAACCGCGUGGUGGCCGUCGCGGAGGGCGCGUCGGCCGUCGCGGUCGAGUGCGAGUGGAACAACACCGCGGCCACCGCGGUCGAGGUCGAGACGAAGCCCACGAAGACGAAGCCAUUCGGCAGCAAGAAGUCGACCGGAAAGACUGAAACGGCGACGGAGCCGUCCGCCAGCGACAACAAGAAGAAGGCCGGCGGCAAGCUGCCGAAACUCCCGAACCCGCUCGGCUUCUUCCGGAAGAGCCGCGACGAGGACAACUAG